UCUUUUUCGCUGCACUGGUGCAAUAAGUUGGAGUGAGAAAAAAUAUUUUUGUUUUACUCUAACCUGUUGCACCAGUGCUGCAGUGCAGCGAAAAAGAACAAACCAAAUGUGUCGUUGGCUGGCUGCCAUCUUUAAGAAAUAUCCUGUCGAUUUCUAUUUUUCCAGUGUUAAUCAGGAUGAAGAUGGAUUUCUCGCAUAAUUUCGAAAAACAUUCCACAUUUGUCGACAGCCCCUAUAGGUAUGCAGACAUCCAUGCAAAUGCACGAGAUGCGACAUGACGUAAAUAGUGUGUACCUCAGGAUCACCGGAUAUCCUUUCGACCGCAACUUCCUCGAUCAAGACUUUCUCUUCGAAGAAAAGUGUGUGAGAAGAUUACAAAGCAUCGUAUACUUCCAGCUUUUAAUACAUUUUAUAUUCCUAACAGUAACCGAGCUUCAGAUUAAAAUUCUGUCAGAACAAGAGUAUAAGAUCGCUCACUGAAGAAUAUAAUCUUUCUACCUUUUUGCCUUUGGAGUAUAUAGUUAAUUGGAAUCUGUUAUUCGAGCGUUAGUACAUUCCAUCCCACUUAGGUCAUCGAUGAUUCUUGCUAAAUUUUCCGUCCAAGUCGUUUGAUUUCGACUACAGAGCGAAAUAUAUAUAAUUAAUUAUAAAGUAAUUUUUCUGACAAGCGUAAACAUAAUUAUUAUGGAAUAUACUAAUGAUUCAUUAAGUUUCUUUAUAAUAAUAUAGUAAUUCCUGUAGUUUUUAUUGCAUUGUAACAAAUGCAUAUUUUACUUGACAAAUAUAAUAAUAAAUACUAACAAUAAAAGUGCGGUGGAUCACUGAUGACCUACACAACAUAGAUGAUGAUUGAUUCAUUUAAAGCAAACAUGGCACACGUUAAGCAAAAACUAAUUAUGGAAACUUGUAGAUAUGCCAGGAUCAAAGAAAUCAGAAGGAAUCGAUAGGAGUCCAAAGUUAGUUCAGUUAGUUGUGUGAAGGACCGAGGUGGAACAGUAGCCAGGCUGUGUGCCAGAAGAGGACAGUUGCUCUGAGAGGGACUCACCUGUUUCACAACCUGUGUGACGUCGCGUCACGUGACCAGUUCGACGGCACGACUGUAGUAGGUAUAGCGUAGCGUCAGCACGCUACCAACAAGCACACCAUGGCGACCGCGGUAGUAACCGUAGUGUUCGUACUGCCUCUGUGAGGGACGGCGACGGGAGUUGCGUAAGGAGUGAGACCUCGGCGGAGAGUGCGCGUACAAAACGCACAAAACGCGACAGUGACAAAACCGCGCCCACAAUUCCACGAAGGAGUUUGGCUCCAGAUGGGGAUGAGACUUGGUACCGCGACGAUCGACGAUCGACGACGACGGCGGCAUCGCGUCGCCGCCGCGACCGAGAGGCUUUAGCGGAUUCCACGAAUGAUCGAUCGAUCGAUCGAUCGGCGUCAUCGGCAAUGAUCCACAAAGAUCAGUCUGUACGUCCCGUCUACGUCAAGACCGAACGUAUCGAUCUCUAUCAGAAUUGAAAUUUAAAAAACGACGAACGAGUGUGUAGGCGAGGUGCUGCGUCACGGAAAACGCGGCGGAAACGACCGCGCUCGCGCGAUUUAUCUUAAAACGAGAGGAAUCUUGAAGCGGAGCGCGAAAUAACGGCUGCGUUCUGCCGCCGCCGUCCCUCGCGCUUAAACGAGCGAGGGUUAACGCUCGAAUUUGAACCCUCCUCUUGAGGUACACGCGUGUCUUUCUUUGGUAAGUCGUCGAAGGUGGCUUCCACCCGCGUCCCCUAGCUCUGUGAUCGUCGUGUCGCGUCGCGUCACGUCGCUUCGCUUCGCUUCGAUUCACACGACACACACGUGCGUGAAGGGCGCGAUGUGAUGAGUGGUUGUACGCGGUGAACAGUGGUGAAUGGUCAGAACGCGAUGAGAAUUUAAACGAGCGGCCAACGUUACCGAAUCGGCUCUCGUUACAAAGUUUCUCCAAGGAAUUUGACUUUAUUGUUGUCACAGUAAAAGUUUCCUGUUAAAUUUAACACGUUUUACAUUUCUCUCAUGUUAACACUAGAUGAAUGUUAGAGAGUAAUAUAAAUAUCAUGUAAAAAAAUAUUUUGACAAAAUUUUAAAUCAAAUUAUGAGGAGGUAUGUUUUCUCAGGGAAAACAUUCAAUACGAAAAGUGAAAUUAAGCGAGAUCGGAUUUGCACCAAGGAGUAAUUAAUUCCAAAUUUAUCGGAUUUUUUUAAAUUCCUUUUAUUUGUUACAUUAGAAAGACUUUUGUUGACAAUUAUUUUACCAAUUAUCAAUUUCAUAUAUUUUUGGAAGCUUGUUUUCGGAAAAUAAUAUUCGAGCGAUACGAACAAUCGUCUUCCAAAGCUCUCGUGCCUGGGCUCGCUGUCCAGUGAAAGUAUCAGAUGUUGCGCGGCAUGAAGAGGAAAGAUGUUCUGACUCACACGCGAAUCGGAUCGACGGAUGACGCGUUCGCGAAUUGGUCGACGAUAAGCGGAUGAUUCUAGCAACGACGGCUUCGUAAACGCCAAGUGCAUUUUUGUUUUGUGCGCACGUGUGUUCGCGUGCGUAAUGCUCGUAAGUACGUACUAGUAAGUGUGUACCCGCUCGUCUUGAAGGCCGUAAACGUGUAUCGAAAAGUAGCAUGAAAACGCAGAAGCGAAUUCUUUACGCUAAAAUGUCAAACACCCUAAUUAUCAAUUCUUCUUGAACGUUACAUCUCAAGAGUGUACAUACAUUUCCCUUUCAGAUUUAAUAAUAAGAUCGAGGACUACGGCGGAGAUUAGAUUCUGUAUCUAGUGAGUGUUUCAUUGGCGACUUGAAUCGCCUGACAUCGAAAGCAUGUGCCGAGGAAUGCAACGAUUGUGCUGUGUUACGCUGUCGAUCCUGGCCGUUCUAGCCGGAGCCCGGCCGGACAACAGAUACGAGCAAACAGAUACGUCGAUUUACUACACGGAACCGACAACACUAAUAAACGCUACCAGGAUGGUAAGCAACAAUUGGAACAACGGUGGUCUUCAUGAGCUGCACGGUGGCCACAUUAUCCGUGGUCAGAGAUUGCUGUCGAGAUCGAAGAGCCCUUACUUGCUACGAGAAGACUUGUUCGUCGAGAAGGACGGCGAGCUUGUUAUAGAGUCCGGCGUGGAGAUUCGCUUCGGCCCGAUGAUCGGCAUUACCGUCCGCGGUAUUAUAACUGCGAAGGGUGAACCACACGCGCCAAUCUUGCUGAGCGCAGCGGAAGUGGAAACGCAAGUUCCAACUCUUCGAACAUCGUCUACGAUACGCCUUGUUGACGGACCGAGUCCGCUAGUUGGAAGGCUACAACUCUUUCAUCAAGGUGCCUGGCGUUCCGUCUGCACGAACUCGCGAAACUGGACUCGUGCGGACUUGGAAACAGCAUGUCGUCAACUCGGUUAUCAGGGCGGACAAUGGUGGUCAUGGAUCGACAGACAAUGGCCCGCCAACCCGCGUCUUCUUUACGAAGAACCAGGUUGUCGUGGCACCGAGCCCUCGCUGACUACCUGUGAGCGUUGGUCAGAAAGAGAAUUGGGCGCCGGUGUUUGCGAUUAUCAUCCGGAUCUGGGCAUUUCUUGUUUGCCUCGCCAUGACGGUGCGACUAAGGCAACCAAGCAUUGGCGAGGGAUACGUUUCGAAGAUGCAAUAUACUAUAAAGCGCUUAUUCAACAGAAUACGCUUUACGUGCGUCGAUCGCGAUCCACUUUGCGGAACACGGUGAUCGAAUAUGCUGGGACCGGGAGGGAGUACAACAUAACAUCGGCUAUUCACGUGGAAGGGGUGCCACCGAGAAUGGAAUCGAUCUCUGUUCUUCACUCUGCUCUGACAGGUAUUAACGUCACCACAUCCGACGCCUCUGUUGUGAUAAAUAAUUGUACUGUUCAGUACAACAGAGGAUACGGAAUUUAUAUAAAUAGUUCGGCCGGCAUGGCGUAUAUCAAUAACUGCACGGUGUUAGAGAAUGGAGCAGACGGGAUAAAGUAUGUGCAUGCCGACGAGCGACCAGAUGACAAGCUCGAUCGUAAUGAUGUGUACGACCUGUGUACUUUUCCUACAACGGCCAGUCAGACCUUCCCCGUUACUAUAUCUAUGGAGCAGAAUAAAUACGCGCCUAAUGUAAAACGAUGUCCACAACACAUCUUUACAAGGCCGGGUCAUGUCCUGACGGUGCAUUUUUUGCAAAUGAAAACGGACAGGAAUGACAGCGCUGUUAUAAAAGUUUACGACGGUUUAAGCGGAGCGGACAGACUCUUGGCCAGCGUCAAAGUCAGGAAUGGGACGUUACCGCAGAGUGUGACUUCGACGCAUCAAAAUCUCUUCGUGAAGUUUAUCGCUGAAUCCCGAACGAACACAAUCGUGUUCGUGCGAGUGUCGUCAGGUUACAAGAAAACGUAUGAUCUUAAUGUGACCGGCAGUGUAAUAACGGGUAAUAAUGGCCGCGGUAUUAUCGUGGAGAAACUAAGAUCCGCCUUGCAUAUCCAUGAGACCUCGGUGUCGAAUAACGAUCACGUGGCGGGCGUGCACGUGUUGGGUGGCGCGAUGGACGUUAACAUCACCGACAGUCGUAUCUCGUUCAACCAAGGGGACGGCGUUAACAUCACUGUUACAGGCGGCAAUCGUAAUGUGUCGCGCAGCAGUAUAUCGUCCAACAAUGGUUACGGUUUUGCAGUGUGGCUAAACGACAGCCUCGCUACCGAAUACAUACACUUUAAUCAAUCGACCGUGGUCGAGUAUUCGCAGAUAUUUCGCAAUAAGGAUAUUGGCGUUUUGAUCGGUAAUUCAACCGGUAAUUCAUACGUGAACAUAACUGGCAAUUGGUUCAAUACCAGCCUUGAAACGGCAUUGCAAGUGGAAUCCAGUUGGAGGAUGGACAAUGGAUUAAUGAAAGUGCAGAUCGGGCAUAACUCGUUUAUAAGAAAUGCGAAAUUAGGCAUCAAACUGAGUCCGGCGCUUAAUCUUGACGCUAUUAUAGAGUACAAUCAUUUCAGAGAGCAAGCUACUGGCGCAAUUCUGAUAAAAAAUCCACUUUAUGAAGAGUUUAACAUUUUACCAGCGGAAAUCGUGAUUCGACAUAAUGAAUUUUACAACAAUCGAGGUACUUUUGUGGUCAGCAUUGGUUUAUCACCUUACAAUGAUGCGCAAAAGUUAUUGUUCACACGAAACUUUCUGCGAGAAAAUCGUGUCCGAGAACUGUUUGAUAAUGGCAAUAUGCGAAAUGUCAAACUGAUACCACGCUCCAGGGUAGCUGCUGUCGUUGUUGUAUCUUCGAGCAACGUCGAAGUAUUCCGUAAUAUUUUACACAAUCCUGAGUCGCCUUAUGAGAUCGGUUCUCAUCUGGAAGAUCAAAGUAAAGUUAUCAAUUGUACCUACAAUUGGUUAGGAUCUGGAGAAGAAAAAUGGAUAUUUGAUCGAUUAUUCCACAGGAAGGACAGAUACAAUCUUGCCAAAAUUGAGUAUUUGCCUUAUUUGCUGCAUAGCAGCAAUCCUGGCGCGAAUACUAUCAUUCCGAAUCCGACAUUUGUACCGCAGUUUGUCACGCCUGGCACAAAUCUAGUUGGGGGUGAGGUUGAUGGUCAGGAGGAAUUAAAAGCUGGAGAGUACAUUGUCGAACGUGAUAUCAAUGUGAGACCAGGUGGCAAGCUAAUAUUGCAACCGGGCGUUACGUUACGCUUUCCACCGGCCGUGGGUAUGAUGGUCGCCGGCAAAUUCGAUGCGCAUGGCAAAAAGCCUAGUGAUAUCUUAUUCACUCUUAAAGAGGAACUCGCUCUGUUACCAAAUAACGAUACUUUCGCAGACGAAGAUACGAUUCAAGUUGAUGAGACAGAAUCUGUACCAGUGAGACUUCUCGGUGGAAAAACGAAUCUCGAAGGCAGACUGCAGGUAAAAAUUGGAAAUAAAUGGGGCACUGUGUGCAACUAUGGCUGGACGAUUCUGGAUGCGGCACUCGUUUGCCAUCAAUUGGGCUUUAUCCUCGACUUCGAGAAUUGGUUUAUGGAACGUUCGCAAAUUCCGAAUGCGGGAAUCAACGAGGAUAUACUCCUCAGCAAUGUGCGCUGUAACGAAUAUGACAGUGACAUAACUAAAUGUCGGGCGGAAAAGGAGCAAGAUUUCGAAAACUCUUGUACUCACGCAAACGACGUCGGUGUCAGAUGUUUGGAGGUCGCAUGGGCGGGUCUCAGACUAGGACCAUUGGCCCAAAGAAGUGACUUGCAGUAUGUGACAAUCGAAAGGGCAGGCUUAUUGGAUUACAAAACCAAUUCAUUCAAGCCAGCUUUGCAAAUUGAUUUCGCCCGACAUUCCUUGGACGGUGUCAAAGUCUUUAACAAUUUGCACGAUGGCUUGGGAGUUUUGUAUUCGGACAUAUAUUCAGCGGACGCGAUAAAUACCGUUACAAACAGUGACUUCUUUCAAAACGGCGGAAGCGGCAUCAGCUUCAAGCAGCUAGGGAUGCGAAUCAUCAACUCACGAAUCGAGGGCAACAAGGUCGCGGGAAUAAGGCACAAUCCCGCUCUCUCGGCCGUUCAGCAGAGGGAAUUCGCGGGAUGGUUUUUGCGCGCGCCAGAUACCACGGUAGAUUCGCCAUACAAUCCGACAAUUUUGCCAGAGAUGAAUGAGAACAUCGAGGUUGCUAACGGAGAGACGAAAUACAUCAUAACGACUAAAGUAACUGGCGAAUCCGUCCAUCGUACCAUCAAUAUUAAAUGUACCCCAGGCUACGUCAUCGGUAUCCAAUUGUUAAACCCGAUAGAAAAUCGAAGUACAGAACAGAUCAUAUUGCACGACUCGCAACGUUUCAACAAAAAUCAAACAAUUUGGCACGUAAAACGAGACUUGAGCAUUUUCCCUGUUUCGUCCAGUUCCUUUGUAAUGAUUUUGGAGUACAGUAGUGGUGAAAAUGCCAUCGGUGGAACAGUUAUAGCUAUUACGUCACUCUUGGCUCCAAUACAGAAUAUUCGUAAUAGAAUAGUCAGCGGUCCAAUUCCUUCGCUGAUUCUUACAAAGACGAGGAUCAAAAGAAACCAGAAAGGCGUGUUCGCAUCCUAUUACAAUCGAUAUCUGAAUGAAAUCGGGGAUCAUUUUCUACGGAAGGCCAACGAGACUAUUCAACUAAUCGGAUGCGAGAUAUCACACAAUUACGAAGAGGCCAUUUAUGUAUAUUCGCCUCACUGGAACAUAUUUCAGUCUAACCUGUCUGAAAUCUCGAUACACAUAAAUAACAGCUUAAUCACGGACAACGGUAAAGGAAUAUAUCAGUUUAGCCGCGAUGCGAGACAUUCCAACAAUCUUUUUCAUUGGAUAAUGCAGGACAGCACGAUCGAAAGAAAUCAUGGCGGUGGAUUCGAAGUGUUGUUACCGGAUGUCUGGCAGUACAACGAAAACUUUACGCAUUCCCUGUACUUUGGGAAUAACACCUGGCGUAACAAUGAACAGUUUAGCUUUAUAGUGGACGGACAUUUCGCGCAUCUUAAUAUAUCUUACAACCGUUUCGAUAGCAAUCGUUGUAAGACGGGUUUAAUAUCUGUGCGCGGAAUGGAGAAAAGAAUUACAAUUGAUAACAAUCGUAUUGAGGGUAACAGCGGUGCCUACAUGGUCGAGUUUCGAGCGGACAGCCAAUCCGAGAUCCUCGGCGUCGUUUACGCGCGCUUCUAUUAUAACGAGAUUAAGCGGAAUGCAUAUGAUCUCAUUGGUAUGGGUCCACGUCGAACAUUCGACGAUCCAAGUUACGUUGUUGGGUUUCACGGCAUACAGAAAGUACGAAUUAAUAGAAAUCUCUUCGGUGAGAAUUCGCUGGAUUAUGAAUUACUGGCGGGUAUCAGAACAGCCAAGACCAACAACGAGGUAGACGUUACGGAGAAUUGGUGGGGUACCGCUAACGAUACUUCUAUCAGAUCGAGAAUUUUCGACUUCGACGAUUGGAAUGAUCACGCCGUGGCCAACUAUCGACCAUACCUUAUAAGUGAUUCAUUUGAUGCAUCUAUUUCCGCAUCGUGGCAUAUAAGUCGGGAGAUCGAUUUGGAUAAUCUGGGUGGUCGCAUAGUGGAUAAUCUUUCGCUGCACGCGAGACCUGAGCCCUACAUCGUACGCUCCGAUAUUACGGUUAUGCCGGAAGCUACCUUGCAUAUCUAUCCUGAUGUUGUAAUGGAGUUUGCUCCCAAUGUCGGCAUCCUAGUUCUGGGAACGCUAAAAGCUAUCGGCGUACCUGGCCACGAGAUCAUAAUGAGACCGAUGAAACGAGUUGACACGAAUUCCUCAUUCUCCAAGCUGACGACGACUAAGACUCACGCUAAUCUCAUAUCGAUGCCGGAUGAGACGAUUCGUAUGUGUAAAAACGGACGUUGCUCCGCAUUAUACAACGAAGGAUUCUUGGAGUACUUCAACAGAACGACUCUUCAAUGGAUCCCCUUGUGUGACGAUCGAUUCACUGAGCGCAACGCUCAAGUGGCAUGCCGACAACUUGGUUACGACACUCUCAAUGUCUAUGUAUCGUACGAUCGUAGGUAUGAACUUCAUCCUGGAUCAUUAACGCGCGUCUGGUCUUGGCCUGAACCUCUACAGUGUUCUGGAAAAGAGCAAAAUCUCGAGGAUUGCCAAAUCAGAUUGAACGGUCAGUUAUUUGGUCAUCGGCAUGAGUGCCCUUGGGACGGGCAAUUUGUUUUCCUUCAUUGUGGCAAACGAAACUUGGACGACGCAUACGAUUAUUGGGGCGGAAUACGCAUCGCGAACAGCGAAUUUGAGCAUCAUCUGUACGAACACCGCAUCCAUGACGUCGUGACUCAUGAAACGGUCAGGCGUGUUGAAUCAGUUCUUAAAUUCAUCAAUAUAACCGGUGCUGGAAUUUUACACUAUGAGAAAUCAUCCGCUAUACAGUCGAUCAUGAAGUCUCCAGCGAUGGUACACGUCAACAUAGAUCGCAGCGCUUAUCAUGGCAUCAAUGUCGUAUCUCCAACGCACACGGUGGAAUUAUUAUUCAAUACGAUUGACAACGUUCUCGGCAACGGCGUAAAUAUAUUAUCCUUGACGGGAGAAGGCCGCGAGGCGGACGAGAGCUCGUUCACGCCUAUUAAGGAUCUUAAUAUUCCUUAUCAUUUAUUCAGUAUGGUUGAUAUAUGCGAUACUGCGAAAGAGAUCACGAUCGAGGAGCGCGUGAUUGUGUACUACAAAUAUGAUAAUUAUCCUGUGAACUGCGUGAAGAUCUUCCGCAGUCCUUACAGAGCUAAACCUUUCGGAUUUAGGCUUUUGCAAUUUAAUCUUUACAACUCCACUGGCAAACCGGGCCGACACGACAGUAUAACUCUGUAUGACGGAGACAUUUACAAUAUCACCACUAAGAAAAUUGGCCAUUUGGAAGUUAACACUCUUGACGAGAAGAAAUUGUUCAGAACACAGAAUCCUAGUAUUAGUAUUCGAUUGUUCGCUAAUGGCGCCAGUAAUGUGCACGGAUUUAUUGCGGAAAUCGUGACUCUCCCGAUAUCUGCAAUUGGUUUUAAUCGCGAUGUGCAGCACAACGUUUCUUACUCUGUGAUAUCAAACUGCCGCGAAGGAGCUAUAAAAUAUGCAAGCGCCGGCGAAGUGAAUGCCAUAAUGACGCUCGAGCGUAAUCAGUUUAUAAAUAAUUGCGAAAAACUGUACGGUAACUUUACCACAUGUAAAUCUGCACUGUGGCUCGACGUUCAAAAUACACAGUCGCUCUAUUUCAGAAAUAACUUAAUACAACGGAAUCAAGGCGGUCUUUCUGUCCGUGCCGAUUCGAGAGGUUCGGCAACGUCUCUCAAGGGAUGGAUUCACAACAAUCUUUUCACAGAAAAUUUCAACAAGCCUGCAUUAUAUGUCGAGGGUCGUCAGAGCAGCCCUUAUCAAGAGGUGACUAUAUUCAGAAAUUAUUUCACCAAAAACAACGCACCCUACGAUAACAACAUUGUUUUGAAGCAAGUGGUCAGUAAUAUGACACUCAAUUACUUACAUGGAAACCUCGGUAUGCACUUGUUGGAGAUUUCAGGAUUUGAGAAAGUCCGCUUACCCAUCUAUCAAAGCACAUCUCAUAACGGCUUUUACAAAAAUUAUGCAGUUGAUCGUGAAGGUCGUAGCACUAUCAUUGCCGGUACACCUGGUCAACAAUACGUUGAUAAUGUGUUCUUUAAUCCUGAUAACGAUUACGAGAUGCUCACAACAAACAGAUCUCAACAAUUGGAAAUGUGGAGAUCUCAUGUAGACGCGCGGCACAACUGGUGGGGCUACAACGAAACUUUGGCUGUGGCUGGACGUGUCAGAGAUCGUGGGGAUUCACCUGAAUUGUUGCAGGUGGAUUAUCAACCUUUCCAUAUGAACAAUAAAUCGGUAUUAAGCGGCAAGUGUCCACCUGCUUGGGAUCUUGUUGGUGACACGUGUUAUAUAUUGAUCGGCGCACCGAUGGAUUUUUACAGCGCGCGAGACUUUUGCAGAUCUGCAAAUGCAUCAAUGCCGUUUAUUAUGAGAGAUUAUCUGGAACUUUGGAAAUUUGCACGCAAGCAACAAGAACGCUUCGAUUAUUCAGAACGUGUGUGGGUGCAACAAUUAGAACGCGUGGAUCAGUGUACGGCGUUCACGUAUCAGACCAUCGAGAUUGAUUAUUGCGCACAACCUAAUCCGUUUAUCUGUGAGAUUGAUCCCAGAGUCAACAUCGACCCUCUAUCGUGGAGAAAAGAUAUCGUUGCGGUGGGUGUUUUAGGAGCUGUUGGCGUUGCGCUCGCAUUAUUGACCGCGGCUAUCGCUUUGUGGGCAUCCAAGUCCAAGAAACGUAAGCUCGAGAGACUGGAGCGACGUAACUCUAUCAGGCAAUCCCUGCAUUCCCUACGAUCGGUUGGCUCCACGUCCGGCUUUACGGAGCUUGCUUAUCGGCGAAAACCUAUCACGACCAAACAUUCUACAGAUACGUUAAACUCAAAUUAUAAGCGUAUGUUGAACGGCGGUAGUCUGGAUUCAAUGGACAAGUCGCAACUGAAUUCCUCAAUAGAGGACAACCAGAGUUACGACGUGUACGAGGCUCACAAUCCGCGAUACUCGCCAAGCACAAGCGACUUUAAGAGCACGGUACAGAAGUACGGAACGGCACAAAGUGUCGACAAUCCGAUCUUCGAUUUGGCGUAUCGCAACGAGGGCUUCCGCAAUCAUUCCACUUUUGCGGCGAGAAAUGGCAUUGCUGCCGCCGCCACCGUCGCCGCUGCUACCACUGCUUCUAACUGGCCGUCACAGCCGAAUGUGCAGUCGACUUCAGUCGGCGAAAGUCCCCCGAACAACGAGAGUUCAUACUUCAACAAUGCGUCCACAUUACCGUUACAUUCCAGUCUUGCGCUCACCGACUCGAUAAACGAGCUAAAACGUGACAUCGAGUCAUCAUCGGCCGCUUAUGAUCCUGUGGAUUACGACUCAAGACGCGCCUACGAUACAGCCACGUUAACGCCGAGUCAGGCAUCCGAGCCUGUCCCGGAAUAUGCGCCGGAUUUUCAACCGCCAGUGCCGCCACAUCCUUAUCACUACGAGAUCGAGAGCAGACCUCGAAGCGAGGCGCUGCUGGAGACCAACUUUGACACGGGUGAGGAGAAGCCACUGCGCUCGAAGAGUGAAGUCCUGCUCGAGACCAAUCUGGACGCGUUCCUAGUCAACGAGCCCACGGAACUCACGCAACUGUCAGCAACCGCACGUAGCAAGAGUCAACCGUUGGAAACGGCGAUGUAACAGCGAUAUAAUUUAAACGUUGGUGAAUUCUUGUGUUGUCCACAAUCAGGCGCAAUCGUGUGCCAAAACAUCUUGUAACAACGAGCACUGCCACAGCUAUCGCACAAUAAGAGAUCUUCAAUCGUAACAAUAUGCUGCCGAUUUAAGUGACUCGUGCCAUUUCCAAUAACCACGAACUGAACAUAUUGAAAUACACGUGCGUAGCAAACCCCGCACAGAAAAAGAAAUUAUGUAUCAAAUCAAUUAUUUCAUAUAUAAGCAAUAAUAUAAGGUCUUCAAAGAAUUUGAUAUUUUUGCUUAUAUAUGAAAUAAUGAUGUUGAUUUAAUACUAAUUGCUUUUUCUACGCCGCUGAAAUAAUCGGAAAUGAAAUAAAGAUCGGCAGACAACGCCAAUUCGUUGUUAGUUAUAAAAACUGAGAAUUUUAUCACAUUGUGACAAAUUGUAAAACUACAAUCCGUUAUCGAUAGAUAACGCUGCAAUAAUUAUUUAUAAUAUGCUGAACUGACGUGUUCAGUGAAUGCGAGUUUUGGACGAAUCCACCGAAUCUGCGCUUGGAGUGAAACACAUACAACGCGUAUAGAUGUGUUCUGUGCAAGAUUUUCAAUGAGAAUUGCUUCCCAUCAAAAUUUCGAAUUGGCGAGAGAGAGAGAGAGAGUCGAUUACAUGUAACAUAAAAAAUUCAAUAUCUUUACUGUUAGAUUUUUUAUCAAGAUGUUAAUAGUUCGGCAUAUAUGAUUAAAAUAAGCUGGUUUCUUUGCACGUCGUAAAGAUCUCAACAGUCUAUCUUUCGUUAACGUGCCGCGUUAAUUUUGACCUGUGACAACUCACUGGUGAUCCAUGCGACACAUAAUGCUAUAAUCUCGGAAGUUGACGCACGUAUCUAUUGCGUCAUAUAUUCGUAGGUGUUCCAAAGAAGAUGACUGUUCGUUACGACGAUGCGUUACUUAAUCUCAAUUACGUCCGUAAGUGGUUUCUAAUGCAGCUAAUUUAAUAGACUGUUAAUCACGACACCUUCGUUGAUACGAGCGAUACGAGCAUGAAUCUCCAACUCGCUGGAGAUAAAGCUCAUGAAUAAUCUGCGAGAGCAAAUCGAUUGUUAAUGUUCUUCUAUAACUUCUUUUUACAAUGCAAUAAAUAUUUACAAUUUUUUUCAAAAUUUAGACAUUAAAAUUUUUUUCGAUAUACAAAUGUUUUGACAGGUUUUUAGAGAUAUAUAUAACGUUAUUAAUAUUGUUCGAUGAUAAAUAUGUCAGAAGUGAGAAGAAUGAGAGGGAUGUAUGUUAAUUUUAAGUAUAUAAAUAAGUGUAAAAAUAAUUAAUUGAAACUAUGUCUUUACGAUUGUUAACCUUGUCGCGACAAAGUGAGAACAAAAGCAGACCUCAUAUUCGUAAUUAGUAUUAUAUACUCUUGUUGCUCUUUGUUCAGCAAGUGAGGUAUAUAUGAGAUCGAUCAAAGUUUCUUUUUAUUAUAGUUUCAAAAUAUAGAAAAAAAAACGAACAAAUCCUUUUUUUAAUUUGACAUCUCGUGUUAAACAUUAAAAAGUUGCGAUAAAAGAGGUCUUUAUAUAUAUAUAUAUUUUUUAUGGAUUAUCUUUUAUUCGGACUUAUCGAAUGUGUAGCCAAAUCCGUGCAAAUAACAUGGUGUUACACUGCCAAGUGUGUCCAACAUCGUAACAUAUAACUUUCACGAGUAUUAAUAGAGUAAUAGAAUCAAUUGUUUAAGGAUUGUUGUGAAAUUGAACUGUAAAUAAAUGUUCUAUUUAUCAUAUACUCGUGCGCAAUGCAGAAAUACGAAUUUUACGAAAAUACACAUCCGAGUGUUUACGCGAUAAAAAUUUGUACUCGUCAUAGAAGCGUACGUUCUUUCCCAGAUAUAACUUUACACGAGAGACUUAUCAUUUUAUUAAGCAAAGUGAUCUCACUGACUUUGCUCUUACCGAAAACAUUUUUAUAUACCUGCCUUUAGCAAAGUAUCCGUCCAUUCACAUAGAUUUAGCGCGAUCGCGAGCGUUCAAUCGCCUUUUUACAAGGCGCGCGAUUUAUAGGAUUUUAAAUAAAAUUUUUGCUAUGUAAAGUUUGCUUAAGAAAUCCAUAGGAUUUUUGAAAGAGAAGGAAUAUAUGUAUAUGCAUGCACGUGAUACGUACCUAUUAACAGAACGCAAAAGCACUUGCUAACGUUCGCAAUAUUUAAAUAUUUGCAACGUAACUUUCAUUAAGAUUUUAAUGAGCUUAAUCGUGCCGCGAGUUCUCUUAUAGGUACCUGUACGAAUGGAACUUAAUGUCACAAGGCUGCUCUUACAUGUACAUGUCGCAGAAAUAAAAUGGACUAAGUGAAUCCAAA